AUGAGCUUGGAGGGCACGCCCCUGUCCGCCCAGCAGAGCCAGAGCCAGCAGCACAAGGCAUGCGACUCGUGCUACAGGAGCAAGCUCAAAUGCGUGGGGCGCGACAAUCCGCCAUGCCAGCGAUGUGUCACCGGUGGGCUGGAGUGUACUUUUGACGGACGGCGCAAGAGCAAGAUCACCCUGGUGGAGAAUCGCCUCUCAGACAUGGAGACGCAGAUGGAGGCCAUGGCGGAACAGCUGGGGCGCGUGCAGUCGCAGCUGAGCGAGCUGCUGGCCGCGGGAGGUCCCCACCGCCGUGGUUCCGAAUACAAGGCCGUUUCCACGCCGGGGACAGUAGGCAGCGUCCACUCGUCACACCAGCCGCGCGUCGUCAUGUCCCCGCUCGCGGGCGACGAUGCGCACUACCAUUCCCUGUCGGUGGGUCUUGGACGCAAACGCGAACAUGACGACGGAACGAGUCGGGAGCGCGAGCGCGAGCGCGAUGGAACCGAGCGACGCGCACAGCCGUCAAGCUACCACGACGCUCCUGUGGAGGAAACAAGCGGCGGCGAGGUGGAUGAAGAUCCCUUGCUGGAAGCGGCCCGGCUCGCGCCCAUGCACAAGAUGCGCAACAUUGCCGACACGCGGCGCCCAAGUGUCACCUCCCCGGAACGGCCAGUCAAGCGACUCCGAGGCGACGAAUAUCAAGCCAGUCCAGCGUCUCUGCCCAGUGUCGGUGCUCUGGGAGUAGGGGAGACACCUACCGAUCCCGUGACUGCAGGCUUGUGCUCUGCGGCCCGCGGGCACCGACUGCUCAUGACGUUUUUCAAGUUUUGUCACAACUCGCUACCCAUCUUCGACCCAGAGUGGGACACAUGGGACAGUCUGAGGGGCAGGAGCAGUCUGGCCUUGACCACUGUCAUGGCCGUAGGAGCCAAGUUUGAAGAGCAGACAAACGAGGUGGUGGAACUGCAACGCAAGCUGCAGGAACGUGCCGAAUGGAUGGCCAAGGAGACUUUGUUUGCGCCGCCUGCACCCAAAGAGAUGGACCUCGAAGCGAUCCAGGCCAUGGUCGUGCUGAGCGCGUACGGAGACACCGAGUGGCGACCUGGCGGACAUGCGUUCCGCAUGGCAAUGGAGAGGUGCCUCUACCGCUGCCUCCCUCACCUGGUACAGACCGGCAUGGGCGCGCACAAGAGCGCCGACGAACUCGAGGCGGAGCGUGAAGUGGUCGUUGGCGCGCGCGUCUGGCUCGCAGUGUGCAAGUUUGAGUUUGAGAUGGCCUUCAACCACGGCCGCCCCAUCCUCAUUGGUGACGAGACCAGUAUCCCUCUCGGGCGACAGCUCCUCGAGCACCCACUGAGCACCAAGCUCGAUGGACGCCUCGUCGCUGCCUGCGAGUUGCUGGCCGGUCGCCACAGAGCCCAUUUGGUGUUUGGUCCGCCGCCCCAUAGCAGUAUGGCGCGCUCCAUUGCCGAGGUCGGCAAGGACAACGAGUUCUUUGAGCGAUGGUUUGAGCGGUGGAUGGCGCAUUACGGUGAGUACCGACCUGGGAGGGUUCCCUUUGCUCAUCCUGUCUCAGACCACCUGAACCUUCCCGAGGGCCAUUUCCUGCGCGACAUUCUCAUCACGGGCAAAAACCACGCCAUCCUGAUCACCAACGCGAGACUGCUGUACGGCGUAACGUCUCCCCGCGACGUCGAGGCUCUCAUCCCGGAGCGCCGUGAGGCGCUGAGCAAGUGUGUUCAAUCGGCAAGCAUCCUCAUCCACAUGGCCGUUGCGAGUGAGGGCUACAAGGACCAUUUCUUGGCUGCCAACAGCAACACCCACGUGGCCAUGGUCUUUGCCGCGCGCUUGCUCAUCCGCUUUGCGACCCUCGCGCCCGAGUCUGUCGACCUCCGCCGCUCCGGUCGCGAGAUUGAGGAACUGGCAGCCAUGCUGAAGCGCGGCACAUUCCACGAGCUGGCCGACCAGAUCCAAGCUGUCCUCACUCGCGCUCGCAACAAGCGCGUGUUGCCGCCCAGGAGCCUUGCCGCGUCGCCCAGGCGGGGCGUGGCCGAGCUUCAUCCAGACCUCGGCCAGCAGCACGGACACCACAUCGAUGUGACAGACGCGUCCAGUGCUGCUGCUCCUCCUUUGGGAUCGACGGGCUUUGACCUGUUGUCCGAUUUCCAGUUUGCCGACGAGCUGUUCAACGGCGCGGCGCUAAGCGACGGUGAUGCCAUGAACCUCUUGCAGUGGUUCCGCGAGGACUGGCGGGAGGAUGCGGCGUACCCAGAGUGGUCAUAG